GUGAAUUCUCCGUGGACAAGAGCCGAUCCCAAAAGCUUAGCUCUGAGCACACACUGUGCCCCGGGGAAAACUCGCAUCCGUCCAUGAAUAGGAAGCAGCCUGGCAGGUGAAACCGGGUGCCUCAGUUAAUAACGCACCCCCCUGGAAUAUCAUCCUGCCAAUAUGUCUCUUACCGCGGUCGGAUCAUGUUCGAGCAUCACAGCUGCAUGGGAGGGCCAUGGCGGGCUUUUUGAUCUAUAAAAGCCCGUUUGCGACGGUUGCUACAUCCACCAUUUCUCAGGAAAAUAUCAUCUCCAGGUUCUGAAAGCUCAUUCAUUGUCAUGGCUUGUGCUCUCUCACUUCUAGCGCUUGUGCUCGCCCCGUUGCUGGUCAACGGCCAGCUCUCCGAGCGCGUCGGCCCCCUCACGUCGGCCUCCUCCAAAGCCGCGUACAAAACCUGCAACGUGUUGGACUAUGGCGGUGUGGCUGACAACUCGACCGAUGUUGGGGCUGCCAUAACGUCUGCCUGGGAGGAGUGCUCCGACGGUGGACUGAUCUACAUCCCCUCUGGUGACUAUGCGCUGGAGACUUGGGUCACCUUGUCCGGCGGCAAAGCGACUGCGAUCCAGAUGGAUGGUAUCCUCUACCGCACCGGGACGGCCAGUGGCAACAUGAUCCUGGUCGAGAAUACGUCCGACUUCGAGCUGUUUAGUAGCACGUCCAAGGGCGCCGUGCAAGGAUUUGGAUAUGUGUACCACCGGGAGGGAUCGAUCAGUGGGCCGCGGAUUCUGAGGUUGCAAGAUGUGUCCGACUUCGCGGUCCAUGAUGUGAUUCUGGUUGACGCGCCCGCCUUUCACUUCGUUAUGGAUACCUGCUCCAACGGCGAGGUGUACAACAUGGCCAUCCGUGGAGGAGACGAAGGUGGCUUGGAUGGGGUGGAUGUCUGGGGGAGCAAUAUCUGGGUCCACGAUGUUGAGGUGACGAACAAGGAUGAAUGUGUCACGGUCAAGAGCCCUGCCAACAACAUCCAAGUUGAAAGCAUCUACUGCAACUGGAGUGGCGGUUGUGCCAUGGGGUCCCUCAAUGCCGAUACGGUCGUCACCGAUAUCCUGUACCGCAACAUCUACACCUGGAAUUCCAACCAGAUGUACAUGAUCAAGAGCAAUGGCGGCAGCGGAACCGUGACCAACACCUUGUUGGAGAACUUCAUUGGGCACGGCAAUGCAUACUCGCUGUACAUUGACGGGGACUGGAGCAGCGAGUCCACGGUGACCGGCGACGGGGUGCAGCUGAGCAACAUCACAUUUAAGAACUGGAAGGGCACGGAGGCCGAUGGCUACUCCCGCGGGCCUAUCAAGGUGGUCUGCCUGGACACGGCCCCUUGCACCGACAUCACCAUCGAGGACUUUGCCAUGUGGACCGAGGCGGGCGACGAGCAGUUUUACGUCUGCGAAAACGGCUACGGCGAGGGUUUCUGCCUGGAGAGCGACGGCGAUGACACGACGGCGUACACCUCGACGAUCUCCGUGACCAGUGCUCCUUCGGGGUAUUCUGCUGCCACCAUGGCUGCGGAUUUGUCGACGGCGUUUGGCACGGUGUCUUCCAUCCCCAUCCCCACCAUCCCCACCUCGUUCUACCCGGGGUUGACUCCCAUCAGCUCUCUGGGAGCUGCUGCCACGACGGCGUAAUCGGGGUGGGAAUUGGUGGAUGAAACCGGAAACCGACUCCGAUGUCUGGGAGCGGGGAGUGGAGGUUCUGUUAGUGUUAGUGUAUCAU